CUCCUCCUCGUCUUCUUCCUCCUCCAUUCCGCUCGUAUCCGUCUCCGAUUCGCGGCCACCACAUCUCCCGGUGGCGGCGAUCCGCCGGAAGGACAGAUAUAGCGGCGUCGAGCUACACUCCCGAUCCAGUUGGUACCACGGUGGCAAUUUCGUCUGCGCCCCCCACCUUUGGCUUUGAUUCGAGAGGAAGAACCGGUCGGGUCGAGCAGCGUAGCUCAGGAUUUUGGUCGGAGGGGAGAAGCGAAGGGGAGAUGAUACUUCUCCAGUCUCCGUCCAGGUUCCUGCUCCAGAUCCUGCAGGAUCGUGUCCUCAGCGGUGACAAGGGCGUGGACAUCGACUGCCACACGGUGGAGUUUGACGAUUUGCGGUACCAUAUCCAGUUUUCUAUGAGGAAUCCAAAGGUAAUGGUGUUAUCAGUAGCAUUGCCUCUCCCACCUCCUGAGGCUAUUCUAUAUGAUGGUCUUCCACUUGGUGCUAUCGAGGCUAUAAAGGCAGCUUAUGGACCAGUCGUUCAAAUUCUUGACCCUCCAAAGGAUGGCUUUGAUCUCACAAUGAAGAUAAACUUGACAAAGCUUCCGCCAGAUGAAGAGCAAAGGAAUGCUGUCUUGACUCAAAUUGCAUCUGUGAGAGAGGUGGUGCUAGGUGCACCACUGAAACUUCUGCUGAAGCAUCUAGCUUCAAAGACAGUGGCUCCUAACGUUGACAAGCUGGUUGCUCUUGUUCACCGUCCUAAUGAAUCCUUUUUUGUUGCUCCCCAGGCAGACAAAGUUACAGUAGUAUACCCUAUGAGGUUCCAGGAUUCCAUUGAUAUAGUUCUAGCAACGUCCUUUCUACAGGAAUUUGUGGAAGCAAGGCGAACUGCUGCUCUUAACAACGCCCCUUCCUGCAUGUGGUCUCCCGCCCCACCUCUUGAGUUAAAAGGAGUACCUUCUGAUGCACUAAAUGCCAAUGCCGGUUUUGUUACCUUCGUUGUUUUCCCUCGGCAUGUUGAGGGUAAAAAGUUAGACAAAACAGUUUGGAGCUUGUUGACUUUUCAUGCCUACGUAAGCUAUCAUGUAAAGUGUUCUGAAGGAUUCAUGCACACCAGGAUGAGACGUAGAGUUGAGUCGUUGAUCCAGGCUUUGGAUCGUGCAAAAUCGGAUGCAGAGAAGUUGAAGAAGUUGGUGAGCGGCGGAUCUUUCAAAAGGCUGAGCUUGAAUAAUGAUGGCAACUCACGUCACUGAAGGGCUGGUGAAUUCUUAUGGAUGUUGUCAGUAUGGUUUUUUCGGGAGGAUUGUACU